CGUUUCACUUUAACAUUUGACGGUCGUGUCUAUUAAUUGCAUACAGCAGCAUUACAGCGGCUUGAUCUGUUCAGAUUUCUUGCGCUAAGUGUAAGAAGGCCCAUUGAAACAGCACUUUCCUGUGGCAGUGUACCCAUCCCACGUGUUGUGAUACAAACGAAUGUAUUGGAGGCUGCGGGUACCUUGAUUACAGCGGUGUCUGUGACAUUGUCACAUACAGUCCUGUUAGACGUGCAAGUUGACAUACAUAACGUUUUCAGUUCGUCGGUACACCUGACACAAUGAGCGAAUACUUCUCUCUAGCAGACUGUGAUGUUAUUGGCUUUGAUUUGGACCACACUCUUUGUCGCUACAAUUUAAAGGAAACCUCCAGGCUGAUCUACGAGAGCGUCGCCAGGUAUUUCGUGGAGUACAAGGGCUACGACAAAGACCUGUUGUCACUAACUCCUGCCACAUGGGAUUUCUGUUUUAAGGGCUUAGUGGUGGAUCUAGAAGAUGGAAACCUUAUUAAACUGGCUGAAGACGGAACAGUUUUAAGGGCAACUCACGGGACCAAUGAGCUAAGCACAGAAGAUAUUAUUAAACAUUAUGGUCCUAAGAGGGAAUGGAAGCAUUUCAAUAGCCUCAAUACCUCAUACACAAGAUCAGCGAAAUACUAUUUUUAUGACAACUAUUUUGACCUACCUGGGGCUCUUCUCUGCGCAAAGGUUGUGGAUAUGUUACACAAGCGUGGAAAUGAGGUGACCCUAGAUUUUUGGAAAGACAUGGUUGCUGCUAUAGACCACAAUUACAAUACAUCUGCAUUUAAAGAGGAUGCUGGGACAUACUUCCCGAGCGUGAAGAGGAACCCGGGCCGGUACCUACAGCCCUGCUCGGACUCGGUCAAAGCCUGGCUGCGCAGCCUAAAGAACGCAGGCAAGGUGCUGCUCCUCAUCACCAGCUCCCACAGUGACUACUGCAGGCUGGUGUGUGAGCACAUUCUGGGAAAGGACUUUGAGGAGCUGUUUGAUGUCAUCAUCACCAACGCCCUGAAGCCCGGCUUCUUCUCCCUGGUGCCUCAGCAGAGGCCCUUCAGGACCCUUGUGAAUGAUGUGGAGGACAGCGAGGGACUGCCAUCACUGGACAAGCCCGGCUGGUACUCUCAGGGCAACUGGCCCCACCUCCACGAGCUGCUCAAGUCCAUGACCGGGAAGGCCGAGCCCAAGGUGGUGUACUUCGGAGACAGCAUGCGGUCUGACAUGUUCCCAGCCAGCAGCUAUGGAAAGUGGGAGACAGUGAUGAUUGUGGAGGAGCUGGAGGGAGAGGGGGUGCUGGGCAGUGACGCAGCAAAGUCUCAGGACGCCCAGGCCGAGCCUCUGGAAAAGAAGGGAAAGUUUGAGGACCAGGGGAUGAAGACGCCCUCCGCCAUGUCAAAGCAGUGGGGCUCCUACUUCACAGACGUGUACCGGAGCGGGGGAGGGGAGGAGGAGACCUCCAAAAUCACAUGGUGCUGCCACAGCAUCCACACCUACAGCACCAUGGCGAUCCCCAGCGUGGAGAGCAUCGCAGAUCUCCCUCUGGAUUACAAAUUCCCCAGAUUCUCUCCAGAUAAACCAUGCACUACCGGCUACUACCCCAGACCCCCCGAAUCCCUGCUGAGGAUGUGCGAGAGCCUUCAGUGAGGAUGCCGUCCCGUCCACAGGCCUCUGCAGGCGGGCACCACCAAGGCCCCGUCCCCACAUCAAUCCCUCCAUCUCCAGAGCACAAGGAAAUCAUGCACACCUGAAUAUAAACCAUCUGAAUGUAUUGCAGUGUUACAGUAGGGUGAUACUCUCUGGCAUUUGAUCCUUUUUCAUUACGUGCGUUAUUAUACAUGUGAAAGGGUGACAUGUAUAAUGUGUGUCCAGAUGUUAUUACUGCUUUCCAAGGGCAUAGAGUGUAAGCUGUAGAUGAGUAUGUGUCGGUGGAGUGAAGACAGGUCAAGGCGAAGUGUAGAUCAAUGUUUUUGCUUGAUGCGAGUCGUAAAAAUUUAAUUUUGAAUAAGUCCCCACUACCUGAAGAGAAAAUUUGUUCUAGUUAAAUUCUCUUUACCAAUACAUUCUGGUUAAUGUUUUUCCCCUUUCACAUUGAAGUAAUUUGAAAAAAUACACUGACUUGAAAAAGUAGUUGGAAUGCAUUGUGUGGUAACAGCAGAAUGAAUUAUUCCUAUAUUACUUACCCUGCCUCAAAGGUUUUACAUGAAAUUAAACAAUAUGCAUCAUGCCAAAUGAAUUAUCUGGGGUCAUUUGUAUGUUUUUGCCUUUGAGUAGUAAGUUUUAUAAGAUGCAAUAUUAAGGCCUCUGUUAACUAUAUAGUGACCGCACUGUCCUCUGUCCUUUCACUUUUAAUUAAGAAUUUAUGCACGUGUGAUACAAUGUUAUUUCAUGUCCUACACAACUGCACAACUGUUCAAAGUGAAAAACGGCGUAAAUUAAAAACUGUUGCCGUAACCUUCUUCUCAAAGUUAAAGGCACAAUGCAGUGUGAUUAGUCUGACAAGAGGCCCACAUAUAAGGCAGCUUGAAACUCGAAGCAUUAUUGAGGGCAUGUUUUUAAGGAAGCAGCACAUUUUUUCUUAGUCAGCUCCCUGGAAAAAUGAAGGGUGAUCUUCUCAUUGUGUGCGAAAACAUUAAUAGUGGAUAGCUUCACCCCUGCUUAAUGUCUAUCAUGUUCUGGUGCAGCAGUGAUAGUGCAGUUGAGUGAUUGUGUACAAAUGUGGAAUACAUGUACUCCAUAUGCAGUAUUCAAUGUGAGAACAUGCUUUAACCGACUACUGAAUGGAUACGUUGUCAUUGUUGGUUGAAAUGUAGGCUAGCUGCUAUAUAUUGCCAAUUACCCUGCAUUAAAUCUAUAUUCGUAAUAAACAUUGUACGUUAGUAUUGGCUGGUAGUAUGCAACAUUGUGUGUCAUCCAUUCUUCAUUCUUUCUGUUGUGUCUGUAUAUGAGAGUGUUUCAUGCAGAGUAAAGUUAGGUUGUUCCUGUUUUUUUAUUUUAUUUUUUAAAACACCUGAUUUGCCUUAUGUUUAAUUAUUUCUUUGUUGUACAUGUCCUAGAAAA